GUGUCAGCACUGCUCGGGCGCAUUCCCAGCGCGGUCGGCUACCAGCCCACGCUGGCCACGGACCUGGCGUCCUUGCAGGAGCGCAUCACCACCACCCAGAAGGGCUCCAUCACCUCGGUGCAGGCUGUGUACGUGCCGGCCGACGACCUGACCGACCCUGCGCCGGCCACCACCUUCGCGCACCUCGACGCCACGACGGUGCUGUCGAGACAGAUCGCGGAGCUCGGCAUCUACCCGGCGGUCGACCCCCUGGACUCCACCUCCCGCAUGUUGGACCCUUCGAUCGUGGGGCAGCGCCACUACGACAUCGCCCGCAGCACCCAGAAGAUCCUGCAGGACUACAAGUCGCUCCAGGACAUCAUCGCCAUCCUCGGCAUGGACGAGCUGAGCGAAGAGGACAAGCUGACCGUCGCGCGUGCUCGGAAGGUACAGCGCUUCCUGUCGCAGCCCUUCUUCGUGGCCGAGAUCUUUACUGGCGGAAGACUCGAUGGCGGGAACGAGCAGCACAUCGAUCCCAGAGUGCUGAACAAGUGCCCGAUCUUCAACGGAAAAGAUGAAUCAUGGCAGGAGUGGGCUUUCAUCUUUGAGAGUGUGUGCGGCAUGGCGGACUUGGAAGACAGCCUCGACGCAGCAUCGAGAGACGUGAUAGACUUGAAGUUCGCCAAUUUCAACCCAGAGCAGCAGACGAAGGCCAAGCAACUCUACUACUUGCUGGUCAACAAAGUACGUGGCAAAGCACUGACGCUGGUCAGAGGCGCGGAGAAGCAUAAUGGGAUUCUCGCUUGGAAACGGAUCAAGGCAGAAUACGCGCCAGACGUCGGAGGCAGACACACCGCACUACUGAUGGGAGUUCUACAACCAGGAUGGGACCAAAGAGCGACGAGUGCCGAGUUCGCGAACGACCUGACCGAGUGGGAGACGCGCAUCACGGAGUACGAGAUGGAGAGCACAGAAAAGGUCAGCGACUCGCAGCAGCAGAGUAUCAGAGAGUACUUGCAGUUUGGCAGGUCAGUCGAGGAGAAGCCAGCGAGCGCAAUGAUCGAAGAGGUUAACGCAGAGGACGACGAGUACGAGUGCGACCUGUGCGAGCACGAGGGCGACUUCGACGACGAGCACUGGUGCAGGAUCUGCUACCCAGAUGAGGACUACGAGGAUCAAGAUGCAGACUACGAGGAUCCAGAUGCACACGACGAGGACCCAGAGGCUAAUGUCAGGGAGACCGUCGUCUACGAGAGGAUCGAGGACGACGAGGCCGAGUCGCAGGAGGUCAAGAGCUACGACGACCACGGCGACGACGACGGCAGCGGCGAAGAGAAGUGGGUGUUCAACGUUUGGGACGAGGACAUGGACAGCCAGGGCCACGAGUUUCUUCCCCUGGACAGCGCAUGCGAGGAGCACACCUGCCCGUGGAACUUCGCCGACGACGGAGUGGACAUUGGACUUGGCGGCGUUCGACUCAGAGGGGCAGAUGGCGGCAAGAUCGAGUCAGGUCGCGAGAUCAUGGUCGAGUACUCGGCGCUGGACAUCGACGGUCGCACGGUCGUGAAUGCGAAGACCCCGUUCGUGCAGAGCGACGUGAAGAGGGCGCUGCUAAGCGCAGGCAAGCUCGCGAGGGACGGCAUCAACAUGUUCUUCAGGAGAGAGGAUCCUUGGCUGGAGAUCACGACCGACCGAGGACGAGCGAAGGUGCCAGUGUACAUGAAGGGGCGCACGUUCGGGCUGAGGAUCAGGAAGAGGCUGAAGGAGCUCAAGGCCCCGAUUUGGGGAACCAAGCAGCAGCUAUGGGGGCGCUUGGUGCGCGCAGAGGCGAAGCUCGAGCUCCAGAUCAGGGAUGGGAAGUGGCUCGAGGAGCGCGCGAAGGAGCUAGCCGAAGCUGGAGGACGAGCAAAGCCGCACGAGCAGAGGCCAGAGGAGAAGAGGAAGUUACCCGAGUUCGAGAUGGACUUCUGCUACCUGCUUCAGGACCCGAAGAGGAGGCAUGCACCAGGAGAUCAAGCGUGGGCGACGACACUCGUUCUGGUGGACGCGGCGGCUCAGAAUCCGAUGGCGAUGGCGAUUCCUCAGAAGUCAGACGAGAUUAACUACAUAGCAUCUACAUGCACGGCCUUCGUCAAGCGGAUGGCUUACCCCGGUGCGAUACUCAAGGUGGACCCAGAGCCAGCCUUGGACGUGAUCGCGGAGAAGGUGAAGCAAAAGUGCAUGGUGGACGGCAUCAAGCUGGAGAUCGAGAAGACGCCGAGGUUCAGCAGCCAAAGCGUCGGUGUCGUCGGCAGAGCACAGCAGACCGCAGAGGGCCAGAUCAGGACGAUGCGGCUGGACAUGGAGGCGAGGCUCGGCACCAAUAUCGACCCCUCCAUGGACAUCUGGCCGUGGAUGGCAAGGCACGCUGGAUGGAUACUAGAGCGGUACCACGUGAAGGCAAAUCACAGGACAGCGUACGAGGACUGCUUUGGCAAGGCAUACCAGGGAGAAGUGCUGAAGUUCGGCGAGGCAGCGCUUUUCAAGCUUUCGGUCACGACGACGGGAAAGGUCAGAGCUGGAGUUAGGCAAGGACGAGCAGACGCCAGGCUCGCGCGAGGGAUCUGGCUGGGCAAGACGAUCGAGUCCGACGAGCACCUGUUCGGGACCGAAGAGGGCGUGUUCACCACCAGGACGGUCAAGAGGGUUCCGACGAGCGAGCAGGACAGAGCCGACCUGGUCAAGGCGAUCAAGGGCACGCCGUGGGACAGAUCCGCUGGAAGGCCGAUGGGAAGGCCAAGGAAGAGACCCAAGGCGCCACAGGCAGUACCGCUAGCGGUGCCAGGCGUGGCAUCACCGAUAGAGAAGAAGGCGAGAGUGGAAGAGCUAGUGACGAUGGACGCGGACGAGUACGACGCGGACUUCGACGACAACGCCUACCUGCAAGAGGACUGGGACGAAUAUGAAGGUGUGGACCCAGCGAUAGCGCAGGCUAUCAUCAAGGGCAAGGAGAAGGAGAUGCACGCGAUGGAGGAGUUCGAGAUCUUCGAGACGGUGGAGAACAUCCCAGACAGCGCAGACAUCCUGUCGACGAGAUGGGAAAACCUUCCAAGAGGCCCAGACGAAUGGAGGUGCAGGUUUGUGGCGAGAGAGUUCAAAGGCAACGAUCCUGAACUAGACGGGUUGGUCACGGCAGGAGCUACCAGCAGUGCGGGGAGGCUCAUCGACCAACAUGCGGCGCAGCACGGCUACAACACGAUGGUGCUGGACGCGCAGAACGCAUACUUCCACGCUGACGAAGAGGAGGAGGUGUACGUGGACCCGCCAGUGGAAUGGGUCAGAAGAUAUCACGCGCGAGGCGGCAAGAUCAAGAGACCGUGGUGGAAGAUGAAGAAGCAGAUCUACGGCAAGCGCAAGGCCUCGAAUAAGUUCAACCAGUACGUGGUCGACGUGACCAAGAGCCUUGGGAUCGAGCAGUGUCCCGAGCAGCCCAGCAUCUUCAGGAGGCCAGGUACCACGCUGGUUUUCGAGGUACAUCAAGACGACAUCUACGCGUCAGGGAGCGACCACGAGCUGGAGUGGCUGGCAGCAAACUUAGCACCAGUACUGAAGCUCAAGGACGCCAGGAUCAUGAAUGUUGGAAUGGUGUAUUCGUACCUCAGAGCCACGCGCACCAGGAUCAGCAAGCACGUGAUACACAUAGCGCCGAGGCCCAAGUACAUCGAGGACGUGUUAAACGAGUUGGGGCUUACCAGCUGCAAGGAGGUGCCGACGCCGAUGGUCAGCACGAGGAAGAAGGAGGACAUGGACGAGCCAGUCGUGGGGCCAGUCGACAAGAAGACGUACAACAAGUGCGUUGGGAUUCUCAGGCAUCUGCUGAAGUACAGGCCAGACAUCCCGUUCGCAGUUCACGAGCUGAGCAAGUCGCUGAGUGCACCCAGAGAACCAGAUAUGCAAAGGCUAAGGCGGCUGGCAAGAUACUUGAAGGGCACGGCGGACUACGGCAUCUUAGCGAAGAAGAGCGACGACACGGAGUACUUGGACGCUUUCCCGGAUGCCGAUUGGGCAGGCGACGUCAACGACAGGAAGAGCACAUCGGGAGGCGCGCUGAAGUUUGGGACCACCAACCUCAGGGAGUUCACCAAGGGCCAGAGUUGUCAGGCGCUCAGCUCAGGCGAAAGCGAGUACUACGCGGCGGUGACCACAGUAGCAGAGGGACUCCACAUGCAGCGGCUGUUCGAGUUCAUAGGUUUUCCGGUGAAGCUCGAGCUCAGGCUGGAUUCGACGGCAGCAAAAGGCAUCAUCAUGAGAAGUGGUUGUGGAGCGCUCAAGCAUAUCGAGACGAGGCUAUUGUGGCUCCAGGCCAAGUACGACGAGAAGAAGAUCACGGUUCAUAAGGAGCCGACCGCGACCAACACAGCGGAUGGCUACACAAAAGCGUUGCAGACAGCGAAGUUCCUGGAGUGGAGGCCGAGGCUUGGCAUGGGAUACGACAACGGAGAUGGAGCCGAGACGAGCAAGAGAGAGGCGCUCAGUGGAAAUGGCAGUCAGUGGACAGGAUCAAGCAAGGGGCCCAGACAGCUUCUUGCGGCAGCACUGUUGCUCAGCCAGGCCAAAGGCGACACCCAGGUGGCAGUGACAGACAGUUUCGACGCGGUGAGCAGCAACGAGGUGGUGAUGUUUAGUCCAAGGGCAUGCUCGACGACAUCGUUCAGUUGGACCACGCUGUGCAUCGCGAUGAUGGUGGCAUUUGUAGUGGGAUGCGUGGCGCACCACUACAUGAUGAAGAUGAAGACGUGGAUCACGAGCUUGGGAGAGAGCACCGCGCCCCUUGAGGCCGUCGGGGGUGCGAGGAAACAACGGCUCAAGACCAAGCAGAGCAAGCGCACCGUGAGCACGCAGAGCAUGACGACGUACGCCAGGCACAAGACGCAGCCGAGGUUCGUGCUGACACCAGCGAGUUGCGAAGGAUGCUGGAGUUACGACGAGAG